AUACCGGCGAAGAUGACGAACGGGAACGGUCUAAUCUGCGGGAAGCAGCACAACAACAACGGCUCGAUACCGAACGGAAAGCUGCACGAGAUCGGCGGGACGGAGAACGGGAAGCUGAUAGCAUCCGACGAGAAAUCGAGCAGCCUUCACACAGAGUUUGACGAUGCGGACGUGUCGUGCGGCUGGGGCCCGUGCAGGCCGCACUGGCUCCAGUAUUUCGCAACGAAGCAGGCCUUCUUGGUGACCUUUUGCGUCACUUGGGUACUCCAGGGGAUGUACUACACGUACUUCGUCUCGGUGAUCACGACGAUCGAGAAGCUCUUUCAGAUCCAGUCGAAGACCACCGGCAUCAUAAUGUCGGCGACGGAGAUCGGGCAGAUCGGUUCCUCUCUCCUGCUGACGUACUACGGAGGCCAAGGUCACCGGCCGAAGUGGAUCGCUUGGGGCAUGAUCCUGUUCGCGGUGAGCUCGUUCACCUGCUCGAUGCCCCAUUUCAUCUUCGGCGAACAGCUGAUCCAUCAGAACGAGAUGCUGGUGAGCGGUGUCGGGCCGAGAGGCGAGGCCGGAGGGUCGAAUAGCACCGACCCGAUACCCGCGAACCUUUGCAAGAUGCCGGAACGCCCGGAGAACGUUACGCUCGACGAGUUGACGAUCUCGUCGACGACGCCGGCUGGACGGAUCGUCGACGCGCUCAACUACUGCGAGGGCGACUUCAAGAAGGAGCAGAUGAUACAGAGUAAAAUCACCACGGUGGUCCUGGCGAUAUUCUUCGUGUCGUUGCUGGGGGUCGGCAUGGGCCAGACGGCGGUCUACACCCUUGGCAUUCCUUACAUCGACGACAAUGUGGCCAGCCGGGAGAGUCCGCUCUACUUCGCGAUCACGAUCGGAGUGAGGAUCCUCGGCCCGGCUCUGGGCUUCAUCCUAGGUUCCCUGUGCACCAUGGUCUACGCGGACUUGUCGGCGAAUCCGCAAAUCACGCCGACGGACCCGAGAUGGGUCGGAGCAUGGUGGCUCGGUCUGGUGCUAAUAUCCGCCAUGCUGAUGCUGGUCAGCAUUGGAAUGUUCGCGUUCCCGACGAGGCUGCCCGCGAGCAGAACUCCGCCGAAACGGGCGGACGCGAAAAAGCCUAGUCUCAGAGACUUCCCUAAAGCGGUGAAGAGGCUGUUGAAGAACGACAUUCUUAUGUUCCGGACGGCCAGCAGCGUGCUGCACAUCCUACCGAUCGCCGGCCUCUACACCUUCCUGCCAAAGUACCUCGAGAGCCAAUUUCGCUUGCCGGCUCAUCAUGCGAACAUGAUCUCAGGUGUCGGAGGUAUUUUAGUAAUGGGCCUGGGCAUUAUAAUAAGCGGAGUGUUUAUUCUGAGGGCAAAGCCUAACGCCAGGUUCGUGGCUGCCUGGAUCGCCUUCACGGCGGUCGUCUACGCGAUCGGCAUGGGUGUGCUAAUGUUCAUCGGCUGUCCGAUGGACGAUUUCGCCGGCCUCGUCAACUAUUCCAACGGAUUGUCCAACUUCGAACCGACCUGCGAGGCCACCUGCGACUGCGACCAAAAUAAAUUCAGUCCGAUCUGCGGCGCCGACGGUAAAACUUACUUCUCCGCGUGUCACGCCGGAUGUUCCAACUAUACCGUGGUCGACGGCAAGGUGGCUUCGUUCUACAACUGCCAGUGCGUUGGCACGAACUUCACGAUACCGGAACCAUUUAGCAGCACGGCGACGAUUGGUUACUGCGAGCUCGAGUGCAGCAAUUUCUGGGUUUACAUGGUCCUCUUCUCUGUAUUCGUUUUCAUCCACUCGACGAGCGAGGUGGGCUCCAUGCUGUUGAUAUUACGGUGCGUCGAUCCACGGGACAAAGCCAUGGCUCUUGGGCUCAUACAAUUCGCCAUCGGCCUGUUCGGUAACGUCCCGUGUCCAAUCGUUUACGGUGCUGUGGUGGACUCCGCCUGCCUCGUGUGGGAGUAUGCGUGCGGCCAACGAGGUGCCUGUUGGCUCUACGAUUCGAACAUCUUUCGAAUGUUCUAUCAUGGUACAACCGGCGGUAUCUUGAUCCUCGCGUUCGUGGUGGACAUCGUGGUCUGGUAUAAAGCCGGGAGCAUCAGUUUCGUGGAGGAACAGGAGGCCGAGGAGGGCACCGUGGAAGAAAUGGCCACCCUGAAAUCUCAGGACGCGCAAGCCGUUGACAACGACUAUCUGUGAAGAGCGAUGGUCGAAUGUCGACGGUAUCCCAGAAUCCAGGUCCGAAUUUAACCGCUCGUCGUGGGCCGAGACGAAGCGACGCGAAGUGUUCCUAACCCGAAGAGAAUUCGGCGACAUCAGUGACGCUGGAUCCGAUGGCGGAUCGACGGCGGCGGCAGCGGCGGUCGACAGGCCACGGCGGAUCGCGUUGCGUCACCUGGGUCUCUGUGAGUUUCGUUCGAGUCGAAGAACUCGAUGCGAGAGAACCGCUGGCUCGAUUCUAGAAGGUGCUCGCGUUGAUCGUGUUCCGCGGUCCCACGGGAAAAACCGAGGUACGCAAAAACGGACGCGUCGCGAAUCGACUAUCGAUGAUGUCAGUCCUAGGCUGGGCUGGGAAAUGCCCGUAGUUUCCAAAGAGGCUGUGUCGUGGUUAACGUUGAAUCAGCGCGGAACGAAGAGAGCGACGGUAGAGAAGAUGGAGAAGAGUAGUAGUCGGUGCCGAUGAGCUGGAAUCGCGAUCCGAUCGCCGGAGAAACGUUCGAGUGUCCGGAAAUCGUCGAAACGAGAGGUAUCUGGUGGUGGUAUAUACACGGUGGAGUCGGAUCCUAGAAGCGUGUCGUCUGUCCGAGUCUGUAUCCCCCGAAACAAACCUGUCGAUCAUUCCAUUCGACCAGUGAUUGGGAUUUACCCAAUUUCCUC